AUGCAUCACCGACUGUGGUUAUGUUUUCUUUGGACUUGUACCGUCGUCAAUGUUCUCCAUGCUGAGAACAAUUUAGCUGAUAAAGUUCAACAGUUAACUGAUUGGUCAUCGAAGAACUCGUUGAUUCGUUUGAAUAGUGAACGGUUCAAACAUUUCGUUCGAACACCGCCGAAAAACUAUUCGAUGAUUAUCAUGUUGACAGCGUUAUCACCACAACGACAAUGCGGAGUGUGCAAACAUGCACAUGAUGAAUUUCAAGUUGUGGCACAAAGCUACCGCUAUUCAAAGGCAUUUUCAAACAAACUCUUCUUUGCAAUGGUUGAUUUCGAUGAAGGUGCAGAAGUUUUUCAAUAUUUGAAACUCAACUCGGCACCAGUCUUUAUUCAUUUCCCGCCGAAAACCAAACCAAAAAAAGGCGAUCAGUUGGACUUGAACCGGCGUGGAUUUUCUGCUGAGCACUUAACAAAAUGGGUUCAAGAUCGUACCGAAAUUCGAAUUGAAAUCUAUCGUCCACCGGAUUACUCGGGAAUUCUCAUCAGCGGCUUCGCUUUGGCAAUGAUCGCUGCUUUACUCUAUCUUAAACGAGAUAGUCUCACAUUUUUGUAUAACAACCUCAUUUGGGGAGUAUUCGUUAUUCUCGCUAUUUUAACUUUUGUCUCGGGACAAAUGUGGAACAAUAUUCAUGGUUCAACAUUUGCUAAUCACGACCAAAAAACAGGACACACUGGUGUUGUGUGCUAUUUCAUAUCCGGACAAACCUGGAAUCAUAUAAAUGGACCUCCAUUUAUGAAUACACGAAAAGAUGCUACGGAAUUCUUUGCCAAUGAUUCACAAAUGCAAUAUGUUGCCGAAACAUACGUAGAAUAUAUCAGCCGCAAUUCAGGUCAUCAGUAUAUCAUGGAGACUUAUAUCGUCUUCUUACUCUAUUUCGGAGUUAGUGUUGGCAUGAUCCUGUUAAAUGAAGCACCGAAAAUACAAUCGAAAAAAGGAAAACGCAGAAGCGUUAUGGCGUUUAUUGGUCUUAUUAUUGUCAUCUCGUUAUUCAGUUAUAUUCUUUCUGUUUUUCGAUCAAAAUAUCACGGUUAUCCAUACAGUUUUUUGCUCAAAUAA